AGUGAUUUUUAUAACUAGUUAUUUUCACAACGUUCUGAAGCAAACGUGAUAAUUGUAACGUAAAAUCGUUUGGUUAGGUAGCAGUAUAACUUAAUUCUUCUUCACGCACACGUAUUGUAAAACCAGUGAUUUUGCGUGAGUAGUGAAAGUAGCCAAACAUCGACGCUAUGCCUUAAACAUAAGAGUGAAUUCGAUUUAACUUUAUGGCGUUGUGAUUAAAAGAGUUAUUGAAGACUGAUGCCUAUUUCGAUCGUUUAAAUGGCGUUAUGAAUAUCACUAGUUUUUGUUGUAGUGGAAAACGAGUGAUCACUGUUCGAGCUCGUAACUGCAUAUAUAACCAGUUAUGGUUAAUAACGCCCAUCGCUAUCCGGGAUCAGUCAGUCAGUCAGACAGAUAAAAAAAAGAAAAGAAAGGCAGAAAGGGUGAAGCGACGUCGGUGUCUGAUUAUUUUCUCAGUUUUUCAUUAAUUUGUGUGAGUGACAUUGUUCUUGAUGUGAAAUAAAACCAAUAUCAAUACACAUAAUUUGGAUAUAACUGAUUAUUUAGUUAAAUAGGGAAUAGCGUGCAGCAGAUCCAAUGGAGCUGCAAGCAUUGCUAGUGCUGUGUGGGCUUGGUGUGGCCGGUGUAGCCGUUGUGCUCCUUAUGGGGUUGUUUUCCACCUCUGGCACCAGCUAUGAAGAAGCAAUAGCGCAGCAACGCCGGGCCACCACCGAGCUCCUUGCUUUGGCUGAAGGCAAGAACAAACCCAAGAAGAACAACAAGAAAGCUAACAAAAAGCAAGCGAAGAAGGAGAAGAAGGAGGCGGCGGUGACGACGGGCAGCGAGCCGGACAGCGAGGCGCCGGCCGAGAGCGGCGUGGAGGACGAGCCGGCUGCCAAGCCGCACGUCGAGUUUAGCCCGCCAGUCGUCGUCGACGUCUCCCGCGACACGCCGCCUAAUGUCAAGAUUCGCAAACGCGGCAAGGAUCCUAAAGUAAAGCCGAUACUGUUAAACAAAGAGGAUCCGAGCUGCGUGAGCGAUCCCACGACGCCCUCGCCUCCUCCUCUCAACCACUUUGAGGAGAUGCAUCCUAAGGACGAGUUCGAGUUGAUGCACUCGGCGCUCGCCGCUGAAAAAGUUUCGGAGAAGAAGGAAGAAGUAGUGGAGAAGAAGGAGGCUGGUAAGGGGACGAAGGCGGCGAAGGGCGGCAAGGCAGCCAAGCAGUCGGCGCCGGCGCCCGAGCCUGUUAAGGAGGAGCCGGCCCGCGAGCGACGCAACAGCGGGGACGCCCCGAAGGAACAACGAUCUGGGAAAGUAGCAAAGAAAGUUGAGAAGAAGCCAGUACCAGAGGAAGUUGUAGCCGAGGAACCCGAAGAGGUGGUCCCUCCGCUGAACGCGCCGCAGCCCAGCGAGCUGACCACAGACAAGCUGCUGAAGCAGGUGGUCACCACCGCCGCUGCCGCCACCACCACUGCCACCGCCACCACCGCCUCGCCGCCCGGAGGCAAGAACAAGAAGAAAAAGCCCGAGCCUAACGUGCUCUCGCUUAUGGCAGCGGGCGACGGCGGCGGCGUGAACGUGGGCGAGCUGGUGCGCGUGGUGCGCGGCGCGGCGCUGUCCCGCACCGAGAUACAGAUCCUCACCGACGCGCUGCUCAACAAGCACCACGACCCGCUGCCCGAGCACUCCGAGUGGACCGAGGGCCCUAACGAUCCCAUGCAGAAGUUGAAGAAGCAAUUGGCUGACAAGGAGAAAGCUCUAGCGGACGAGAUCGAGGCGUCACAGGCUCUGCACGCUAAACUGAAGGAGCUUAGGGCGACGCUGAACUCGGAGCGCGGGCGCGCGGCGGCGGGCGCGCGCGCGGCGGAGGCGGCGGCCGCGGCGGCGCGCGCCGAGCUGCACACGCUGCAGGCGCGGCUGCAGCGCCUGGCCGACGACAACCACGCGCUGGCCGGGGACAAGCUGCUGCUCCAGUCCAAGCUCGCCGCGGAGGGAGAGGCCCAAGCGCAGAGAGUGCAGUUGGACAUGCACAUCCAGCGUCUGUCCGAGUCGGAAGGCGCUCUGAUGCAGCAGCUAGCAGCACAGCAGGCGGACUUGAACGCGCGCGUGAUGGAGAUCAGCCAGGCUCGCUGCGACGCGGCAGCCGCUCGGGACAGUAUGAUGAUAGCGCAGCAACACGCCACCGAGCUGGCGCAGCAACUGCAGGAGGCGAACCUGGCGUACGCGGAGCUGGAGCACCGCAUGCAGCAGGCGAGCGUGGCGGAGCAGCGCGCGCAGGGCGAGGCGCGCGCGGCGCAGGAGCGGCUGGCUGCGCUGGCCGAGCUGCAGGCCGAGCUGCAGCGCGGGGCCGCCGCCGCCGACGCCGCGCUGCAGCGGGCCGCCGGCGACGCCGACAGGCACCAGCAACAGUUGUCAUCGGAACUAGCCUCGCUGAAGGAGCAGCUCGCGCUGCGCGAGUCGGAGCUGGCUGAACUGAAGCAGAUGAAGGCGGCGCCCGCACAGAACGGCCUGCCGCCCGCCAACGACCAGCUCAAGGCGGCCGAGCUGGCCAAGGUGGAGAGCGUGGUGGAAGCGCUGCGGGGCGAGCUGGCGGCGGCGCAGAGCUGCAGCCGCGACCAGGCCGAGCAGUUGGCGCGCCUGCAGGACCAGCUGGCACACUACCAGGACAAGAACAACGAGUUGCGAACUAAAAACUGGAAAGUAAUGGAGGCGUUACAAUCUGCCGAAAAGGCCCUACAGACGAAGGCUAGCGCGUUGCCGGCCCCAGACUCUCUUCGCGAGGCCAUAGCGAAGGCCCAAGAAGCGCAAUACAACGAAGUAGCUAGCGUGCUUAGGUCGGUUUGUCCAUCGGCGGCGCCUGGUUCGUCCUCGGGUAAGGAAUGGCUCCAAACCUUCGCCGAUAACCUGAAGAAGGAACUGGAGAAGCGAGACGUAGAGAAGAAGCAGCUGGAGAAGAAGGCGGUGGAGAAGCGGGUGGAGUUAGUGGAGGCGGCGCCCGACUCGCGGCUCACCGAGCUGGCCGCACAAAACGAACACCUCCAGGGCCUCGUCGACAAGUACAAGAGAAUUAUUGAUGACACCGAGGGCGUUCUGAGCCGGCUGCAGCAGAAUGUGACGACAGAGGAACAACGGUGGGCGCAGCAGCUGGCGGACAAGCAGCGCGAGCUGGACGAACUGCGGCAGCGGACUGUGCUGCAGAUGCAGAAGAAGAUUGAUGCUCUUCAGGAAGAGUUAGAGCAGGCAAAAGCGGGUAACCACAACAACCAUAGUUUCGCGGACUCCGAAAGACUCGCAGAGGAACGAUUAAUGCUCGCCGGUUUAUCAAAUAAACAGAGUGCAGAUUUGAGCAACGGACCAUUACAGGUUGAAUUACAAGAGAAAUAACAGAUAGAUAAGAGAGGAGUAAGUAAAGCAGUUUCGAAGUGUCAUUCCCGCUCGGGGGCGCGCGCGCUCAGGUAACGUAAGCGUCGAAGGCGCCCCGGGCUCAUCGCGACUCGGAACUUUGCUUCGAGAAGCAUUAUACUCAUCAGACGGCUUCGAUGGAACUUUGACGAACAAAACCUGCCUACUAAUGCAUUUCGCGUUCAUCAUCAGUACAAAAAUAUGAAACAGUCAAAGCUUCAUCGAACUCCUGAGAAUAAGUAAACAUUGUUCAAUAUAACUAAAACUACCAUAAAUUCUGUCCAGCAAUGAUAUAAUUGCAACGUACACAGCCGCACUAACUUCCCAAUUAAAAUGUGCUCAAGUUAGCGUAAGUCGUGUUAAGGGUACGUGACUGUUAGUGAUAUUAUCAAAAGACAUUCGGCCCUUCUGUGUUAUAGAAUUGUUAACUGUUCGCCGGCAGCUUAUGAAAAAACAUCGUCAAGUCAACUCCCGUGUUUGUAAAUCUGACAAGAAUUUUGAUUGGAAUAUAAAAUUGGGAAGUAGUGGAGCAGAAGACUGUCUCAGAUUUUACCGUUUUACAGUUGUUGUUGUUUACCGCGUGUUGGUAAAUGUCAUCAAUUUCAUAAAAUCUCAGAUUAGUCGUAAAUAUGUUUUGGUAAUAAUGUAUUUUGAUUGACACGUAUAUUCUUGUAAUGGUUCGCAUUAGUUAACAACUCAUAAAUUUUGGACUGUAUAGCGCGAUACGAUAACAGUUAUUAUUGUAAGUAUAAAACUGCUUAGAUUUUAAUGGAUUGAUCCAAUAUAAUAUAUGGGAUGCUUUGGAUUUAUUUGUUGCGUUGAUCAUUUUUAGUAAAAUAAUUAUUUAUCAAUGAACGGGGCAAUGAUCGUUAGUUGAAGGUAGGUAAUAUUGUGAUCUUGCAAUUAAAAAUUCAAGUGUUAUUUAUCUAAGAUUUUUUAAAUUCUUGUAACUGUCGAUGGCAAUAAAAAGAUAGUUUAGUUUAUUUAUGGACAAAUUAUAAGUUAAUUAACAAUUGAAAAUCAGAUGUGACUAUGAUUUCAUUACUUUUAUAAUUUCAAUAUUAAUUUACAAUAUCCGAAUUAGCGAUUGAAUGGUUAUUCUUACCGAUUUUUAAGGAAUGUUAUUUACUCUUUAGAAUUACAUAUUAUUUAUAGAUAACUUUUUGUAUCUAGUGCAUAAUCAUUUCUGUCAGUGCCUUAGGGUAAGAUUUGAAUUUAAAAAGCAGCUGACUGUUUAAUUUCUAGUAAUAAUUAAAUCAAAUGCUUGUUAAUGGUAAGUUUUAUUUUGAAUGUUACUCCACAUUGUUUUGUAUCGGCUCAGUAAAUUACGGAUGACUAAUUACAUUAGUGAAUCACUGUCAAAUGUCCUGGAAUUAAAAAUAGCUGUAGAAUAUGAAAUCUAAUUGUAAAAUAGGUAAGCCUCUUUGUAUGAUAAUUAAUAUAUUAGAUAAAGACAUUAUCAAAUAAAAUAUUUCUUAAUCA